AUGAAGCUCUUGAAUGCUAUACAAUCAGGAAAGGUCCUAUCGUCUAGAGCACAUCUCUGUGGGAGCAUCAGAUCCAUCUUCACUGAUAAAAACCCUGGUUAGCUCACUGCUGUUUUUUUGUUGUGUGUUUCUUUUCUAUUCCCUGUUGAUGAUGAUAGGAGAUUUCCGAUUUACAUUUCCCAAAACCCAUCGUUAGUUCCUUUUCCUAAUGGUCAUGAUAUUUUUUUUUCAUAAACUGAUCACGAACAUCUGUGUUUCGAAUAAAGUACAUCUUACACAAAAUAUUUUGUGUUUUGGACUAAUAUUAUGGAAACUUUACCGUUUAAAGAAUGCAGAACUGAAGGUUUUAUUCGACAAUUCAUUUGUGCCCAAAAUUGUAAUUGCAUCAGUUGGCCACAACCUUCCACAUAUUUCUGUUUUCGUGUUCAAUGUUCUGUUUGCAAGUAACGAAUGGAACAAUGCAGAUGUUACAACAUGAGCAGAACCCAUAUGCAUUUAGUCAAUCUGUAUAACAACAUCUUCAGAAAGUUGAACCAGAAAUGAGUGUCACUGCUCGUUGUGCACGUGCUAGGGAUGGCUGUGUGCCAUUAGCACAUUAUUAUGAAAGUGACUCAGUUUGUCCAAUCAAAUUGAUGUCCAAAAGCAAAAUCGAGAGUUGCUGCAGAAUUAGACGAGCAUUUGCAGAGUAGAUAGGAGACAAUUUAACUUGUCGAUUAAUUGCAAUAAUGAUUAUAUCUUCAUUCUAUUUGUUCCUGUGCUAAAUUUCAUUAUCCUGGUAGUAUGCCAGACGGCCACCAGAAGAGGAAGUACCACCCUUGUCAGGGACCAUUUGAGGAUCAGCUAAAUUCAUAGAUUGUUGUGAGCAGAUGUGUUGAGAAGUGUUAUCUUCAUAGACCUAUCUUAUCCAUUGGCCGUCUGCCUAGAAAACAUUGCCGUAGGUGCUGUUUGGAGAAGUGUUAUAUUCUUGUGGGAACAUUUUCCUUAAACUUCUUUGCAUCAGAAAACGUUCCUCAUCUCUCUGUUUCUGUUGGUCGCUCAAAGGGAUCACCUGCUUCAUUUUUAGAUUCCUCAUGUGCAUUUUUCUCCCCACAGAGAAGCAAGACAAUAUUUCAAUCCAUUCUCCAUUUCCUUAUGAGGACUCUAGUUGGUGAUCGUAUCUUAUGCAUGACCGUCAAUUCAAAGAUGCAUUUUAAAUUUCUUCUAACCCAUAAGUUUUCUACUUCACCUUCCCUCCAUUUCACUUGGGAGGAGUGAAGAAAGCAGCCUGAAGUCAUCUUGAAAUCUUCUAGUUCACCAUCUUUGAUGCUUUUAUCAUCAUAGUAUAUUCCUCAACACGUUGCCCAAGGCACGACCUUACCCACUAGGUCCUAUGUAGAAGGUUGUUUGGAUAGUUAGACUGGGGCCUAGCAAAUAACACUCAUAUUCUGAGGGUGAUGCAGGUUCUCUUGUCAGAAAAAAGAUAGUUCUUUGUGGACGUCUAUAAUUACUUGACAUCUUUACUUUUUAUAGGAUUUAUAGGCCGUUUGCUAGCUUGGUGAGACAUAGUUAGGCUUGUAAAUUUGUACGAGUUUGAUUUACAUUAUGGACUUGGGCUGAUAUUGAUGUAGAACAGAAUCGAGGAAAAAUAAAAGAAACCCCAAAAAGUGGGGCAGAACGGACCCUAAGGUGUGAAACGCGGACGACCCAUAAACUUGAACAUUGAGUUAUAAAUUGCGGAUAACAUAUGAUUAGUUUGAGAGAUAGACUCAAAUGAUGUUGAAUUCUAGAAUAUGAAAAAAAGUGUGAAGUGUAAAAAAAACCAACCAGGUCCAAUUAGUUGCUGAUUCUAAAAUUAAAAAUAAGAAAUAAGGUUUUGAUAUACGUCUUGAUAUCAAAGGAUCAUCUCUGCUGUCAUGUUUAACCUCUGAUUAGUGUAAGAGAGAUAUCUUAAUAUUGUUUGAUAAAAACAGAUAGUACACAAAGGAGAGAGAAAGGACUCAACUCAAACCCAAAUCGAGACUCUAGUAUUUAUACCAGAGUCUCAAGUUACCUAGAUGGGCCAAUAGGGCCCAUACCCAUAUGGGGUGAUAUGACCAUGACCUGGAUGGGCCUAUAGAACAUUAAAAGAAAGCAAUUUAAAUUAAAAUAUGAGCUAACAGUCCCAGAAUUGAUGUAGGCCAUCAAAUCCUAUCAAGAGAAGGACGAAAAGUUUUUGACCCUGGUGGCCUAGAACUAGUGGGCUGUUUAAGGUCCUUAUUAGGUCGGUUAUAGUGAUCAGAAGAUCUUAACAGCUAAAUCACUUUUACCCAGUAUUUAGAUGCGUCCCAAACGCAUCAGAGAUUAGUUUCACGCUUAAUUGAAGUACAAGCCCAUCUACAUCCCAAUCCAAGUAGACUAGAAGCUCAGAAAGCAUGAAGACACAAGUUGGCCAUACUUCGGCUUAAGUUGGCCAAAUAAUGACUCAUAAUAAAAGACAUCCAAAUUUAAUUCUCGCUUUUAAUUUUGUUUCCCACUUUAAGUCAAUUCGAAUUUGUUUAAAUGGGCCGAAAUUCAUAAUUAAGAGGCCAUAAUUUAGGAGCGUUCUAAUAGAUUCUGGACCUAUUUAAAGGCCUCCUUCUUGUAGCCCUAGAGACAUUCCAUCUAUUGCACAAAAUUUUCCCUUUUUUGAGACUGUCUCUUUGAUGGUGGAUUCCAGUGCCUUCUCUGCGGAUUCAGGAGAACUCUAUGGAUGUUGUGGACGCAAGAUUAACUCCUUGUGGAUUCAAGGAUCGAAGCUUCUUCACUUUGUGGAUUUAGGACGAAGAAUCUUCACAAAAACCAUUUUUUUAUGGAUUCAUUACGAGAUUUCAACUCCACAUAUUUCAAGCUGUGUCAAGUGGUAUCAGAGUGAGGAUUAGAGAAAAUCAUGCCUUGUGGAUUUACGGUUCUACUGUCGUUCUUCCCCACCUCCAAAUUCGUGUCUUGUCAACUUAAGGCUCAAAUCUAUAAUCUCUACAACUCCGACUCCAUAAAAUCAUUAUCCCAUCAUUCUCUGCUGCAUCAAAAAUCGUCUACCGUUUUUGAACCGAGGUUGUAGUCAAUAUCGUUUUAUCAUGGGAUUAUCUCUUUUAAAAUGUUUAAGCACAUCACCUAAAAUUUGGCAAUCUGUAGAACACCCAACCCCCCCUCUGAUGAUGAGUUGAAGAUGGUCAAAGUUUAUUCUGGUUGAAUUACUAAUGUAGAAGUGAAGCAUUUUCUAACAGGGGAAUUUCAAAUUUUGGAAGGAGGAAGCUUGGUCACCUUGCAUUUCUUUUAUGUAUAAAUUCAACAGGGGACUCAAUUUAUUUUUAGCUGAGACUGAUGCGGCAGAAACUGUUGACAGUAUUUAAUAACAAGAUGUGCGUUUGCCUUUUAACAGGCCAUAAACUGAGACCAUAAACUUGUCCGAUGCUUUCACAUUGUUUAAUCUAACUUCUAGUGAGAAAUUUCAAUGAUGUCGCUUUGGCUUUGAAACAGGUGCCGGUGCAGAUGACGGUAGAGCCGCAAAUUCAUCUGAAUCUGCGGAUGAUUUUGAGCGGCGGAUUUUUGGUGGGGUUCUUGACAACGACUCGAAGAACGUCUCAUUUUUCGAUAAGCUGGACAGGCUUGGGAAGGCUCGUGGAAGGUCUGGUGUGGGAUUGAGGGAGGUUGGUGGUCUUGGUGGCCAAUUCAAUGACAGUAUCGGAGAAGGCUUUGAUACAUUAUCAGACGGCAUGGACAUGAAGCUGAAGAAAGCUGCAACCACUUUUGUUUUCACUGAAGAAGUCAAAGAGGAUGACUAUUCAUUCAGACCCGAUGUGAAAUUCAGACCAGGGAUGACGUACACAUUAAGGGUAUGACGCCACAUGCGAUGGCAAAGAAUCUGCUUCAUUAUCCACCUCUAAUGCCUUUUGCAUUGUCCACCUUUAAUAUAUUCUUUUAAUCUAAUAUAGUUUUUUACAUUCAUUCAUUCCAUUAGAGCGAUCAUCUUUAUUGGAUGUCGCUUUUAUGAUAUUUUUAGCAUUUAUCUGGUUAGCUCCAAUGAUAAAUCCAGGAUCGAGUGGCCUUGCCUCAUCUGGGAUCAAUCCCAUUUGAAGAACCUGGAUCCAGAUUAGGCUCAGAUGAUCUGGAGAGUAGAGAACCCUGCUCAGAUUAGGCUGCCUCUAUUGAAUGCUUCGCCAGAUAGAUGAAAAAGUGUGAACUCUUGGCCCUGGAACUGUCCAAUUUUCAGUUAUUUCAAUGUUGCAGAGCCUUUUAGUUUUCUUGCCAAAAUCAUCAUCUGGGUCAAUAUAUAGAACUGAUCCUAUUUCCUUCAAAUGGUCGGGUCAAAACAUCCAAUCUCCCACUGACUUGGAACACUUAAGACCGUGACUUCUUUACCAUUCAAAAAUUUUCAGAACAUGAUUUCUUGUUGCUGCUAACUUUCAAUUAUUUUACGAGGUUUAAUAUCCGAAGAAAAUCAGAUAAACAGUAUUAACAUGGUGUCGACAGGAUUAACCACCAUCAGACAACCUGGUGAAUGGUCAGAAAAAAACCAAGGAAAAAAAUGGAAACCUGCUAAUAUUUGGAUUCCCGGCUGUGCACAGGAUCUUGAUCUCACCAAACCAGCAGCUCAGAAACCUUUCAGGAGGCCAGAGUUUGAGACAACCACGAAGGAGGUUUUGCGGAAAGCUGAUUUCCGGGUAAUUAUUAUUAAUUUUCUUUUACGUAUUUACCCAGUGCAUUGAUUAUACUUGCAUCUGUUUCUUGUAUCAUUAUUCUCUAGAAUAUUAGAGAACAUGAACGGGGUGGGACCCAUAAAAAAAAAAAAAUUGAACCAUUAGUCAACGAUACAAUUCCCGGCAUUUAAUAUAGAUAUAUAUACUAAGAAAACACUUGAAAUUAAUGAAUUAUUGCCCCCCCAAAUUCUCUCAGAAUGUGCGAUUCCUUGCAAACUUCCUCACAGAAGCGGGCCUCAUCAUUAAAAGGAGCAAGGUGAGUUCUUCCUUUUAAGUCAACUCUGCUUGUUCUUCAGCUCUCACGGAUACUCCUCUUCAGACCCGCAUCAGCGCCAAAGCACAGAGGAGGGUCACCCGGGAGAUCAAGACGGCCCGGGCCCUCGGCCUCCUCCCAUUCACCACGAUGGGGACCAAGCAAUUCCAAUUCGGAAAGUCCAUGGAGGAUGUCGAUGAGGAUAUUGACUACGAGAGCUUCUACAGCCAGCCGGUCAACGACUUCUUUGUGGACAAGAAGAAGGUGUAG